AUGCUGUUACCAGCACGGAAACGUUCGCUGUUUUUCAAAAUAUUCAUAUUGGUACCGGUUGUAUGGAUAUGUGUAGUAUUUUAUUUUGCUGUUCUGGAUCGCUCAAAUACCGUUCAUGACAACAGAGCUGAAGCGGCGGUACGAAUGCCACGAAUGCCGCUUGUGCAGGGCUUUGGUCCACCGAUAUCGAAAGAGAAAGAUGAAGAGGAAAAGCCGCCACCACCCAGAGAGAAGGAGGAAGAUAAGGGGCCGAUUCCGGUUGUACCGAAGCCGGCGUUUUUUGUGAACGCCUCGGAUCCGAUCUAUAAGUCCGGAGAUCCGAAACAAGCGGGUGAAAAAGGAGCUGCAGUGAAUAUUGAUAAAAAUAAAUUAUCGCCAGAAGAGAAACGAAAAUACGACACGGGCUUUCAAAAUAACGCUUUCAAUCAAUACGCAUCAGAUAUGAUAUCAAUACAUCGAACGCUUCCGGAUAUCCUUGAUAAAGAAUGUUUGACUGAAAAAUACCUUGAUGACCUGCCGGACACAUCUGUCGUUGUGUGCUUCCACAAUGAAGCGUGGUCAGUACUACUGCGUACGGUACACUCGAUACUGGAACGAACACCUGAUCGAUUACUCAAAGAGAUCAUUUUGGUCGACGACUUUUCAGACAUGGCGCAUACUAAAGAACCGCUUGCUCGAUAUAUGUCACAGUUUCCAAAGGUGAAGAUUCUACGGAUGGAGAAACGAGAAGGUCUGAUUCGCGCGCGGUUGCGCGGUGCGGCAAUUGCUGAAGGGAAAGUGUUGACGUAUCUUGACUCACAUUGCGAAUGUAUGGAAGGAUGGAUAGAGCCACUAUUAGAUCGAAUCAAACGAGAUCCCACGACGGUAGUCUGUCCUGUGAUUGAUGUCAUUGAUGACAAUACUUUU